CGCGGGAGGGGAUCGGAGUGGAGGCAGCGGCAGAGCGCUGACACGGGGUGUCCGCUCGGAGGAUGGUCCCCGCGGUGGGGCUGCCACUCCUCAGCCCGCCCAGCCCGCCUUACAAACAAACAAACAAAAAAAUACCCGAAAGAUACGAAGCCUGUUAAAAGAAGCCGAUGAGCUUUCCAAGAGGAGCCAGGGAGAGGUGAAGCCACGAGGAGUCUGAGGGCCCAUGGGAAGAGUUGCAAUAAACAGGCUCUCUUCUCCGAAACCAUGCCAGAGAUGACAGAGAAUGAGACACCUACUAAGAAGCAACAUCGAAAGAAAAACCGGGAGACACACAAUGCAGUGGAGAGACAUCGAAAGAAGAAGAUUAAUGCUGGGAUAAACAGAAUUGGAGAACUCAUUCCCUGCUCUCCAGCGCUUAAGCAGAGCAAGAACAUGAUCCUGGAUCAGGCCUUUAAGUAUAUAACAGAAAUGAAAAGACAGAAUGACGAACUUCUGUUAAAUGGAGGGAACAAUGAACAGGCUGAAGAAAUAAAAAAACUCCGGAAACAGUUGGAUGAACUGCAAAAGGAAAACGGGAGAUACAUCGAACUACUGAAAGCAAAUGAUAUUUGCCUGUAUGAUGACCCUACAAUCCACUGGAAGGGAAAUCUCAAAAACGCGAAGGUCUCUGUUGUUAUUCCCGGUGACCAGGUUCAAAAGAACAUCAUUGUCUAUUCAAACGGGAGUCAACCCAAUGGAAAUAACCAGGGAGCAUCUGUCCAGGGAAUAACGUUCAAUGUUGGUCAUAAUUUACAAAAGCAAACAGCCAAUGUUGUGCCAGUCCAGAGAACUUGCAACAUAGUGACUCCUGUGACAAUUUCUGGUAUUUACCCCACAGAAAACAAGCCAUGGUCACAAACUACUCUUUCUCCACUGGCCUCCGCUCAGACAGCUGCAGCAGGGAACGUCCUUGAGCUUUCCACUGCAGAGAAUGAGCGAGGUGUGCUCGCCGCUGCUACUGCCAGCUUGCAGAGCGCAUCUCAGUCCGGAACAGAACAGGAACUACAGUGUUCGUCAAGUAAUGCACCACAGAAUGAUCAGAAUCUCCCCAAAAGUAAAAAUGAGGAGGAGGGCCCUAAACUAACAAAGAAAACGCUCCUGCAGGCCAUCAGCCUUCCUUCCAGUGCCUCCAUGGAAGCCUCCCAAGUUCAACAGGUGAAUACAACUUGCUCAAAUACACAGAGUUCUAGGAGUGACCUUGAGGAAAGCUGUGUCAUUUCGACCACGGACACAGCUUGCGUGCCAUCUGUGAGACUGUCUACUGCAGACAGCUUUUGCUCUGUAAAUGCCCUCAAAAGUACAGACUUAGUAAGUAGCGCUGGAAUGCCUGUGACUUCUGCAGCAGAGGGAACAAAGGCUGCGAUGGCAAUAAGCACUCUGCCUGCCAGUCCCCUGGAGAACUGCUGGGCUUUUUCAGGCUCUUCAGGUGUUGGCACUUCAGACUUGAAAAACAUGAGUAGCCUUACGCGGAUGCCUUCAGCUGGAAACACACAGACCACAUGGACAACUUUGCAGCUGGCGGGAAAUACCGUUCAGCCACUCAGCCAAACGCCAUCCAGUAUAAUGACUGCUCUGUUAAACGAGCCAGUUAAUGGUGCCGGCACCGUAUCUUCUGCUCACAGCAGGCCUUUGACUACGAGUAUUAGUCUGAAUACUUCUCUGCCUGGGGAUGGCCAGGCAGCUGAACAGAUUGUAGUUACCUUGCCCUCGUGCCCACCCUUACCUAUGCAGCCAUUAAUCAGCCAGCCGCAGGUGAAAACUCAGCCUGCAGGAAAUAUCCUUCCAUUGAAUUCAGCUAUGCAGGUGAUUCAGAUGGCUCAGCCAGUCGCGUCAGCUGUUACAGGAGCACCAGCUAACCAGAACGUCAUCAUCCUCCAGCCUCCAAACCCCGCUCCAUGCCCUCCAAUUGUGAGAGCGGAAGUUCCCAGCCAAAACGUUAGUCAGCAAAUUGUAAUUAUACAAGCUGCUAAUCAGAAUCCUCUGCCCCUCCUCUCUGCUCAGCCUUCUGCUUCUGUAAGAGUUCCUGUGAACGGGCCGACUGCAAUCGCAAACUCCAGCAGCUCCGUACAAAAUGCCUCUCUCCAGCAGACUUUCGGAGGGAAACACCUUGUCCAUAUAUUACCCAGACCGUCUUCUUUGCCAUCUUCUAGCUCUACACAAACGUUUUCAGUUACCAUGUCCAGUCAACAGCAUCCUCAAACCAUCUCACUGAACGGGCAGCUUUUUGCAUUGCAGCCUGUGAUGUCUUCAUCCGGAGCUUCAAAUCAAGCCCCUAUGCAAAUUAUUCAACCCACCACCAGCGAAGAUCCAAAUACCAAUGUUGCCCUCAAUACGUUCGGUGCUUUAGCUAACCUCAAUCAAAGCAUAUCGCAAAUGGCUGGGCAGAGCUGCUUACACUUGUCUCUCAGCCACCCUACCAAUCCCACAACUGUCAGUAACCAGAUUGCCACGGUUAACUGCAUGUCAUUACCAGCUUCGGUGGCAUCCUCAGUACCUGCAGAGGUUUCGGUAUUAACUAGUGCAUCUAAUUCAAUAAACACUUCUCCCCAAAAAGCGGCUGCUGGUUUGCCAUCCAGUGCAAAAUCCAAAAGGACAAACAAAAAGCCAAAUACAAAGAAGCACCAGGCAGUCAACAGUAAAGUAUCCUGCCCAGCAGUUCCUUGCAAAGAUGCAGGGAAGGUGGACUGUGCUCCUGUGGAAACAGCGGCAAAGCCUUCAAAUGGUGAAGGGCUGCUUGAAAACUCUCCAGCAGUGUCGCAAGCUUUAACGGCGUCGCAGGCAAGCGGUGUGGCAGCAUCAAGCGGUGUCAGCAUCUCUGACUGUCGUCCCAAAGAGACCGUGAGCUCUGAACAGGCGGUGAAAACCUGCUCUGCCCCUGAGCCGAGCUCAGCAGAGGCACCUUCUUCCUCGCCCCUGGAGUCUGCCGUGUCAGAGCAGCUGCCGCUCGUCCCGCCGACUUCCAAAGAUGCUGCUCCUGGCCAGCAGGCCCAUGGACCUCAGAACCGCCUGCCAACCAGCUCUGCCUUGUCAGAGUCUCCCAAACCCUGUGAACCCCCUGGCACCUUAACGUCCUCUCGUACUGAAGCACAUGUGACACAUUCUCAGGUUGCUGGGACAUCAGCAGCGCAGAGCAGCACAGCAGAUCCAGGUUCCAAGGCAGGAACGAUUUCAGAGUCCUGCAGCGUUGUGCAGGAUUCCUCAGUGGUAAUGCAAGAUGCAGACUUGUUGGAAGGACAGGGACUAACCAAAAUGCUGUCUGAUCUCACGAAAGAAAGAACAGCUGUGGAAAAAACCUCUUCAUUUACUGUUCAGGGGGAGCAUUCUGAUUUUCCCAUGGAAAACUCUAAAUCAUCAGAAUCAAAUGUUGAUUUGCCUGAGAAGCAGGAACUCUUGCUAAUGAACACGGAAGGUGAUGCUCUCUCGCAGCAUCACUCCUGCAUUUCUGAUCAGGAAGUAGUCAGUGCUUCCCUUAUCACUAGUAGGCAGGCAGACUCCCCGAUGUCAACUAGCUCUGGCAGCAGUCGAGGCUUCUCAGUUGCAUCUAUGUUGCCAGAUACCACCAGAGAAGAUGUUACGAGCAGCACCUCAACCAGUACAUGUAACAGCUGCACAUUUUCAGAACAGACUGACAUUGUAGCUCUUGCUGCAAGAGCUAUUUUUGACCAGGAAAGCCUUGAGAAAGGUGGAGGAGGAAUUCAGGUUAACAUGAGGGAUGCCAUCUCUAAGUCAACUGAGGUUGCACCUUUGGAGAGAGAGCAACAGCCUUUUAAACCUCAACCAGUGAAAGAAAAUAGUGCAGGGCCGUUGGAAGUGACACCAAACAAAUUCAGUGCUCCAGAUACAGUACAGGCACAUGUCGAUAGACCGGUUGAAAAGCCAAGCUGCUCUGUAGGAGGUGUGGAAACAUCAAACGCUUCUUCUCAGAUUUCCGCUUCCCAGUCACCAAGCAUAACCAGCUUAAGCGUGAAUAAUCUAAUACACCAGAGUCGCAUUGUCCAUCCCCUUGUGAGUUGCUCCAGUUUAUCCCAGCCUUCAGAGCCAGUGAGCGUCCCUGCAACUGUGAGCCUCUCCCUUCCGUCCAGCACAUACCUCAACCAGUCUCCUGGACCUGCUAUGAUGAGUGACUAUGCCCAGGAACAACUGAACGCAAUCAGGGCAAGCACCAUGCAGGCUCCCCAGCUGCAGGACUCGCACUUAAAGCAGCAAAAUCAUGAAGGUCGCAAAGACUCAGCCAAGCGGGCUGUUCAAGAUGACCUUCUCCUCUCUACGGCAAAGAGGCAAAAGCAGUGCCAGACGACGCCCAUAAGGCUCGAGGGGAUGGCGCUGAUGAACCGAACACCCGAGAGUAUCGCUGAUCAAACGCAGAUGCUAGUCAGCCAGAUUCCUCCUAAUUCAUCCAAUUCGGUGGCAUCGGUGAGCAAUCAAGGGCACACCGAUGGCCUCAAUAGGUUAUUCCCACCCAACAGCAACUUUGUAACACCAGCUUUAAGGCAAACUGAAGUUCAGUGCGGUUCUCAGCCGUCCAUUUCGGAGCAGCAAGGCCCGGCAGGGCAGCACUUGCAGCCGAUUCAACAUGUUCCUGCUCAAGGCAUAUCUCACCUUCACAGCAAUCAUCCAUACUUAAAGCAGCAGCAGGCUGGUCAGUUAAGAGAAAGGCAUCACUUGUAUCAGCUGCAGCACCACGUCACUCACGGGGAAAACUCGGUCCACUCUCAACCCCACAGUGUCCACCAACAGCGAACGAUACAGCAGGAGGUGCAGAUGCAAAAGAAACGCAAUCUCAUCCAGGGAACAACAGCCACACAACUUUCCCUCCAGCAAAAACACCAUGGAAGUGAUCAAACGCGGCAGAAAGGUGGUCAGCCUCAUCCUCACCACCAGCAAAUGCAGCAGCAGAUGCAGCAGCACUUUGGAGCUUCCCAGCCUGAAAAGAACUGUGAAAAUCCUGCAACAAGCAGAAACCAUCACAACCAUCCUCAGAGUCAUAUAAAUCAGGAUAUUAUGCAUCAACAGCAACAAGAUGUUAGCAGCAGACAGCAAGGGUCAGCUUCUGAACACGUGUCAGGGCACAAUCAGAUGCAAAGACUUAUGACCUCCAGAGGCUUAGAGCAGCAAAUGGUGUCCCAGGCAAGCAUCGUAACCAGGCCAUCCGAUAUGACGUGCACCCCUCAUAGGCAGGAGAGGAACCGAGUUUCCAGCUACUCUGCUGAGGCUCUCAUUGGGAAGACGCCCUCUAAUUCAGAACAGAGAAUAGGAAUAGCUCUUCAAGGCCCUAGGGUUUCUGACCAGCUUGAAAUGAGAAGCUAUCUCGAUGUUUCUAGAAAUAAAGGGUUGGUGAUUCAUAAUAUGCAGGGCCGCUUAUCUGUCGACCAUACAGUUGGCUCAGACGUGCAGCGGCUUUCUGAUUGUCAAACGUUUAAGCCAGCUGGACCCAAUCAGCAACCGACAGGCAAUUUUGAUGUACAGGCCUCAAGAAACAGCGAAAUCGGUAAUUCUGUGUCAUCCCUCAGGGGCAUGCAGUCGCAAGCAUUUCGCAUUGGUCAAAAUACUGGGCCCUCCAUAGAGAGACAGAAGAGAUUGCCCUACCAACCGGUGCAGGGUAUUCCGACAGGAAACACCCUGCCAUCGAGGGAAAAUGAAAACACGUGCCACCAAAGCUUUAUGCAGAGUUUACUUGCCCCUCACCUUGGAGAUCAAGUUAGUGGAAGCCAAAGAUCGAUCCCAGAACAUCAAAGGAACACGCAGUGUGGCGCCUCCUCCACGAUCGAGUACAGCUGUCCCCCAGCGCGCGAAAGCGUCCACAUCCGAAGAGAUGGCGAUGGCCAGAGUAGGGAGAGCUGUGACAUGUCUAUCGGUGCAAUUAACACAAGGAACAGUUCUUUGACUAUUCCUUUUUCGAGUUCUUCUUCCUCGGGAGAUAUUCAGGGUCGCAAUACAAGCCCAAACAUCUCUGUGCAGAAGUCCAAUCCCAUGAGGAUGACAGACAGUCACGGAACUAAGAGCCACAUGAAUACGCCAGUUUCUAGCAACAUGCAUGGAGUUGUGAGGCCAACUCACCCUCACCCUGCAGUUUCUCACGGAAAUGGCGAGCAAGGGCAACCUUCUGUUCGUCAGCCAAAUUCUUCAGUUACUCAGCGGUCAAGGCAUCCUCUGCAAGAUAAUGGAGGUUCUAAAAUACGUCAGCCCGAAAGGAAUCGAUCCGGAAAUCAAAGACACGGAAAUGUCUUCGACCCUAGCCUUCCCCACCUUCCCCUGUCCACCAGCAGCAGUAUGAUCCUUGGGCGCCAGCAGUCUGCGAUAGAAAAAAGAGGAAGCAUUGUCCGAUUUAUGUCUGAUGGCCCUCAAGUGUCUAAUGAUAACGCGGCCCCUGACCAACACACUCUCUCUCAGAAUUUUGGAUUCCCUUUUAUUCCGGAGGGUGGCAUGAAUCCACCGAUAAAUGCCAACGCCUCUUUCAUCCCACCAGUCACUCAGCCUAGUGCCACUCGAACACCAGCUCUGAUCCCAGUCGAUCCUCAGAACACGCUGCCAUCCUUCUACCCACCUUACUCUCCUGCCCACCCUACCCUUUCCAAUGACAUUUCCAUCCCUUACUUUCCCAAUCAAAUGUUUCCUAACCCAAGCACGGAGAAGCCGAGUAGCGGAAGUUUAAACAAUCGAUUUGGAUCCAUUUUGUCUCCUCCCAGGCCUGUUGGUUUUGCUCAGCCCAGUUUUCCUUUGCUUCCCGAUAUGCCGCCAAUGCACAUGACCAACACGUCGCACUUAUCCAAUUUUAACUUAACGUCUUUGUUUCCAGAAAUAGCCACGGCUCUUCCUCCAGAUGGUUCAGCAAUGUCACCGCUGCUUUCCAUUGCAAACACAUCUGCUUCAGAUUCCUCCAAGCAGUCCUCCAACCGCCCUGCCCACAAUAUAAGCCAUAUUCUAGGUCACGACUGCAGCUCAGCUGUAUGAAAAGGAAUGGACUGACUUCUGGUCUGAUGCAUUGUUUAUAUAUUUAAGAAAAAGAAAGUGGAUCUUACUGGCAUCUCUGAAGAGACCAUUCAUAGCAUCACUGUUUAUUUGCCUAAAUGUAUGUAUAUGGGUACUUCUCGUAUUUAUAUACACACUGUAUUUCCAUCCACCUUACUAACUCUAAAGCACCAGUGCCUAUAGCAAUGCUUACUUACUAGUAAACAGUAAGGAUGCAACAUUGAGAGCUGUGCAAAUAUUGGUUGUUGAUUUUCCAACAAUCAGGUUUGAUGUGCGAUUGUUCCAGGGUAAGGGCCACCCUCAGUAAUUCGUGGAUGUAAAAAAAGGAGUGAGAGUAUCCGUAUGGGAGACAGGAAACAAAUGCUACAGGUUUCGGUUGUUUCUGAUGCGUUUACCUGAAACUACAGACGAACUUGAAGUGGCUUGGGUUUCUCUUUUUCCUUUGUAAAAUAUCUUCAGGAGUCUCAGUGCAAGUCAAGUCUGUGUUAAUGCAGCGCUAAUUGAUAAAGGCGUUUGUUGUGCUGCUUUUGUCUUUUGGAAGCUUGUCACGUGCACUUGACUUAAGGCUGACUUUACCUGGCAAAAAUUACUAUGUGUUUCCGUGGUCAGCAAUUAAAAAUGCUGGUUUAGAAAAUUCAGAUUUCUUUAGCCCAUGACUUUCUGUUUCGAAGACUUUUGUUUGGAUGUGUUUUAACAACGGCUUCGGUUACUGCUGAACUUGGGCAACGUUUUAAUGUAGCUUACAACUCCUCCUGGUGUAGUCAGCAGAGACAACAGUUGUAUUUGUUGCCAUUUCAUUGUUUGUAUGCUGCAAGUUACCUCAGGGUGGGUUUUGUACCUUGUUUAGCACCUUCUUAAUGUCUUUUUUUUUUUUUUCUUCUUUUUUUUUUUUCCUUUUCCCCUUUCCUUUUCUUUGGCCCAUGCUCAAGCACCAGCUUUCUGGUUUCUGUGAGUGACAGCCCUUUGUUGUACCAGACAGCACACGGGAGGAGGACUGAGCCUGUGGCAUCCUGCAAAAAAUGAGCAGGGAUCCCUGGGGCCACAGUUUUUACUUAACGUUGCUGACGGGAUCGAGCCUGAGUUAAUAAUCCAUAUAAUGUCAGUAUUCUGCACUUGAACGCACCUUUUGUCUAAACCGGUAUGAUUGUGGCUGAAGGAGGAACGUGAAUGUGUCAGGACGGAAACGCUGCGCGCCAGGAAGACGUUGCGAUUUGAAGCCCCAGGAGGAAGGGAGAUGCGUUUGUAUGUGCGUGAGAGAUGGAGUGAAUGUGCGCGCGCUGGCCAAUCUCCAGUACUUUCACAGAUUUCUCUCCUGUUUCUUUUAAAGGGAAGAACUGGGUAAGUUUUAUUUAUUUAUUAGCUCCACGGCAUGCUUUUUCUUCAAACAAGGCAGAAAUACUUGUCUUGUAUUUUUAUGUACUUGGAAGUACCAUUCUGGUUUUGAUUCUUCAAGUAAUGUAGUAACUUCAGGUUUCUUUGUACGCAAUUCUCGCUCUCCCGGACAGGGAGCAACAAAAACUGCGCCAGGGCUCUUCUCGGGGCAGCGUAAGCGCGACACACCUGUGUGUUGCCCGCCAGCACGUUGUCUUGUUGCUCCUGGGACCUGCCACAGGUUCUUCCCAGUGCCGCUCCUAGUCAGGGAUUGGGGAAGAGCAGACUCCCUAGGAUUUUUUUAGGCUGGUUUGUUUGUUUGUUUUUCUUUGAAAGGCAGAAGGGAAGAUAUUCCUUCAUCUCCAAGAAGGACCCACAAAGAGGGACCUGAAACAUCUUUCCAUAGCUUGACUGCCCAGGCCUCAUUUUUGCUAAGUCCUUAUACGCUGAUUCAGGAAAGUAAAGAGGCUUUAGCAUAAAAAACAACUGGGCUGUGCCCGUAGUCUGUCCUGACAAUGUCUGCUCUUGUAACCUGGGGUCUGAUGUUUUCCCUGCAAAGUCAAAUGGUUCUGAUUCAAAUGGGGAAUCACUUUUUAAUUCAGAUGGAGCUGACCUUAGGACACUAAAUCUAAGGGGUGCGUCCGUUCUCUGUGUUUCUUAAAAAUUAUAGAUAGAAUAUUAAUUUCACUUCGCAGCAAGGCAGCUUGUCCGAGUUUGACUGUGAAACGGGCUGCAAAGCGCGGUUACCGACCGAAGGGCAGCACCGGGCCUGUGCCGAGCGGGAGUGUUAGAACGAUGACCGAUCGGUCCUCGGCUUUGGACUGACUAGCGAACUGCAGGUCUGGGUGUUACCUGGUGAGACUCGUGAUCAGAUUCAUUUCCCUGACACAGUAGAUCCCUCAGGUGGUGAAAUGAGUUCUGUAACGAGGAGUGGCUCCGUAGGUUCUGGAUGAUAAAGAUGAGUAUCGAAGGAGCAGCUAUGCUAUGCAUUACGUACGCGUUUGGACCUCAAGGAGGGAAGCGAAACAGCCAUUCUUGCUCUCUUUAAAUGCAGUUGUGUGCACAAUGGUGUAUUUGGCUUUCAAGAUGAAGUAGUGAAAAAUUAAGCUCUGGCUUCCAGGACUUUAUAUAAUCCUGCUCUUCAUCCCAGACAUUCAUGUAGUCCCGCAUGGGUUUCAUCUGCUGGGAAAACUACGUUACUUCAUCAUGUCUCUGAAAACUGGGGUGAGCUUAUAAAUCCACACGGACCAGUUGCAACGGUUGAAUGUUGCGUGAAAGUCCACGGGGGCAGGUGGGAUUCACCCUGGCGUGCUGAAGGAGCUAGUGGGGUCAUGGCAGGAACCCUCUCGAUCGCCCACCAAAGGGCUUGGGAGCCUGGGGAGGUCCCUGCUGAGGCCAGCCGAUGUUAUUCCCAUCUACAAACAGGGCGUGAGGGAAGAACCCAGGGAACCACAGACUUGCCGGUAUCACCUCAGUUCCUGGAAAAAUGAUGGAGACGGUUAUAAAGGGUGCUACUGAAAGGCCAUUUAAAGAAUAGUGCAAUCACUGGGCACGGUCAGCAUGGGUUCGCAAAGGGAAAGUCCCGCUUAACUGAUUUGAUGUCCUUCUACAAGGUCACCUGCCCAGCGGGUCAGGGGAAGGUGGUGGAUGUAGGUUUUUUUUUAUUUUGGUGAGGCUUUUGAUACUGUCCCUCACAGCAUCCUUCUGGACAAGUUGUCCGGCUGUGGGAUAGCGGGUUCACGAUGGCUGGGUGAAGAGCUGCCUGAAGGGCAAAGCUCAGAGUGUGACGGUGAAUGGGGCUACGUCUGGCUGGCGCCUGGUGGCCAGCGGUGCCCCUCAGGGCUCAGUGCUACGGCCGGUCAGUGUGUUUAUCAGUGAUCUGGGGGCAGGAGCUGACCGCACCAGUUUGCUGAUGGUACCGAACUGGGAGGUGCUGUUGACUCUCCUGAGGGACAAGAGGCCUUGCAGAGGGAUCUGGGUAGAUUGGAGCCUUGGGCUGUGGCUGAUGGGAUGAAAUCCAGCAAGUCCCAGUGGCGGAUUCUGCACUUGGGAUGGAGCAGCACCGGGCACAAGUGUGAACUGGGAGGGGAGUGGCUGCAGAGCAGCCCUGCAGCAGGGGCUCCGGGGUGCUGGUGGGCAGCAGGCUCAGGAUCGGUCAGCAGUGUGCCCUGGCAGCCACGGGCAACCCGCACCCGGGGGUGCAUCACACGCAGCAUCACCGGCCGGGCAAGGGAGCCGGUCACCCCGCUGUGCCCAGCCUCGGCGCGGCCUCGCCCUGAGCGCCGGGGGCAGGUCUGGGCCCCGCCGUUUCAGAAGGACGGGAAGGUCCUCGAAGGUGCCCAGAGGAGGGACCAAAGCUGGUGAAAGGGCCGCAGGGCUCGUGUCCUGUGAGGAGCGGCUGGGGACUUGGGGCCUGUCUGGUUUGGAGCGAAGGGGGCUGAGGGGCGACCCCAUGGCGCUCUGCAGCUCCCUGGGGAGGGGAGGUGGAGAGGGAGGUGCUGAGCUCUUCUCCCUGGGGUCCAGCGACGGGACACGCGGGAGCGGUUCAGAGCUGAGACUGGACACGAGGAAGCCUUUCGUCACCCAGAGGUGGCCAGGCGCUGGGACAGGCUUCCGAGAGAGGUGGUGGCUGCCCCGAGCCUGGCGGGGGGUGAGGCCUUUGGUCAGAGCCCUUACCACCACCUGCAGCGUGUGGUCAGCCCUGCAGUGGCCAGGCCGUGGGGCUGGGUGGCCGCCGAGGUCCCUCCCAGCUGGAACAGGCCAUUCUAUUCUAUGUAUUUAUUCCUUCAUAUUGAUUUUGCUAUUAAUUUCACUGGCGGUGUAUUGAGGUUAAAUGUGAUCCUGAGUAUUCACAAUUGAGUGUCAGCUGUGACAUUUUUGUGCAUUUUGUUUGGGGUUUUAUUUAUUUUAUUAUUAUUAUUAUUAUUUUCUGAAGAGGCAGUUACUGUGUCAGUAACUUCCCUGUGCCCCUUUUCUGUUUACAAAGGUGACCAAAACCAGCGACCUUGCUGGUGCAGGUAAUCACAGCACGGGCGUUUUAGCGAUACAAAGACUAUUGCGAUUUUGCAGGAACUGCACAGUUUUGCAACAUGUGGCUCAAAAAGUAAUUCCCAUGUGUCCCUCCAUCUUCUCGGGAGGAUUGUACCCUGCGUUGUGACAGGGCAUGGCGAUUCCUGCGAAAUCACCAUGCCACUUUGUCAUCCUUCUCGGGACUUUUUCUGAAACCUGCUGAGAACAGACUGGAGAAAUAGCAUUUCAUGGCCCUCCUUGAAUGUGGCAAUUUCUGUUGAAGGUCAACCACAUACUGGUGUGAGUCUUUUUACGCACCAUAAGUGAUGUUAAAUGAUCCUGUGGCGUUGGUGUGGGAUCGGGAAGACUGCCAUGGAAAGAAAGGUAGGCAGACCUAUCUGCGAGAGCUUCGUAUAAAUGUGUUUGUCCAAUUUCUAUUUACACUGCUGACUGGCUUUUAAACCAAUUUAAUUAUAGAAAAAUUGGCUCUGUUGUGCCGUCUUUUGGUCUAAUUGACUGUCCAAGAUGGUCUUUGAAUGCUGAAUCUGGCCAGGUCCCUGAUUUAAGAGCACCCUGUGGGUUUGCCACCGAUUUCAGCUUCUCCCGUGUUCAUACUCCUAUGCCUUUAGGAAGAACAGUGGCUGGACUGGGUAUUUCACAUCAGAAGAGAGGAAAUUAGAUGUUAAGGAAUUUUUGUUAGUUUUUAAUUAUGAAAUGGUUUAGGUUUUCCUCUUCACUGUAAAGGAAUCACCCCUGCUGUUCCACGCAGCUUCCCGCGUUCGGUUCGGUAGGUGAGUUCGUGCCGCUGCCAGGUGGGUGUUCCAGCCGGCGCAGCAUCUUUACUGUUGAAUGGAAACUGUUGUGCUUUUCUUUCUUUUUUCUUUUAUUUUUCCCCUGCCACUGCAGCUGGUUUGUGUGGGUGCCGGGUUGGUAAGAGGUAAGGACGGCUCGCCUUACUUGGUCUGUGCUUUUGAGGGAGGGAGGAAGUUUGCAAAAGGAGCUUCUGUAAGUUUUGCAGAUCAAGUGAUUCUGGUUUACUUGGUAACAAUUUGACAAGGAAAUACCUUUUCUUCAGCAAACAUCUAUGACAUGAACAAUUUAUCUCUUUCUCCUAGGAAUUACCUGGCAAUUAACAGCUCCUUUGUUUCUCAAGAUGCAUUUGGAAAAGAUUUUUGGUUUUAGUUGCAAUUUGUUAGCCUGAGUGUGGCAUUUUCUCUCUGUACUACCUUGCUGAAGGUUACUUACACUAAGUGGGGGUUUGGUUUGGCUUUAAAGAAAGGAAAAAUACCCAGUUCUGCUUAAUUUAGCAAAACAAGCAGGAGAAGGGAGAGGUUCAGCGCUGCCUCCAGGGUGGGACGGCCACGCUGACGAGCCUUGUGGAGCUGUGGCUUCCAGCUCGGCCUGAAGGGCUUCAACAAGCAGCAAAUGGUGCAGGGCUGGUGCGUACGGCAGCGUAGGCCUUGACGAAUCCCUUAAGAAGCCUGGGAGGGUAAGAGCAGAGUCAGACUAAGUUGAAAGCAGGCAAUAAAAUAGGAAUGUAUUAACAUUUAUAUACCUUCUCAUGGAGGGGAAGGACCUCUUCUAAGAACAACUAAGGAAACAGAGAACUGAAGCGGGUGGCUGAGCCUCACUGGAAUGUGUUUUCUAGCUCCUGCUCCCAGCUGCAGUCACUACGCGGCUGCCCAGGCAGAAGAGCACCUCUCUGAAAAAAAAUAAACGUGCUGUGCUAGUACAGAGCCUCCUGAGUUUUGCACAGAUUUCCUACUGCACUUUAAAGCUGCGUUGCUGCUGCGGUGGUUGGUGACUGCAGUGCUGUUGCAGGAGCUAAAUCACCGGGCAGGGCACUGCGGAGGGCAUUGCUGGAGAACAGGCAGCAUUUUGUUGUUUCUUAUCUCCUGUUGUCUUUUCACCUUCUUCAGAGGCGCUUGGGCGGUCCUGGCUCAAGGCCUUGGUCACAAAUCGACACGUUUCUGGAUGACUCGAGUGUAGUCAGCCGCGCUACGGGCUGUGGUCUUUUGCUAUUCCCCAAGUAAGUUUCUCGCUCAUCACCUUAGUAAUGAUCUCACUUUGACUGGAAAGGCAAGAGUGGCAUUGCCUCUGUUACACCCAGUCGGUCAGAUUUGUGUUUGCUGAUGACAGUGCCGUAAGGAGCUCCGUUCUUUACCACCCCCUAACCUCCGCUACCUGCUACUGCUGCUCCCUCCUCCCGCUGCCGCUGGCCCGCAGGCAGCAGCUGCGCGGGCGGGCGGGCCAGUGCAGACAUGGGUUUGCACAUGAGGGUGUUUUCAAUGUCCUGCUGCCUCUGCAAUCCCGAGAGCAAAUCUAAACCCUCAGAGCACCAACACUUUAUUCCCGCUGGUUACACUCAGAGCAAGUUAUUCUACAAACCAGUGAAAGACUCAGCAGAGGGUUUUGGUCACGACGAUACAAAACCGCCUUCUCUCUGCAAGCAAGCCCUGCUUAGUUACACGGAAGCCGUUUAUUAUUUUGCUGAUACCAGGUGUUACGAGAUAAAUUUUUAAAAAAAUCACACCAUUUCUUUCUGCCUCACCAAAAGUAUUUUUACAAGUAGGUUUCCAAGUUUGCAGUAUGCGUGGCUGUUUCAGCCAUCACAAAUGUGAAACCACUGAGCUCACAGUGGGUUGCCCCGCUCUGCCAGCUCACUGUGAGAAGGGAAGCAAAUAGGGAUUUUGCCACAGGAGAUUAAUCAAAGAUGCUGUUGCCCUCCCCAAUGUAAAUUAUUUAUAUUCAGUACAGAGUUUUCUGCUGUGCUUCUGUUUUAUACAGCUGUAAAUUACUUGGAUAAAGCCCCAGUGGAAAGUCCUUACUAUUUUGUAAUGGAGAACAGGAACUCUGCAGUAGAAAUCUAAAAUGAAUGAACAGGAACAUCAUCUUCCAAUUGUAAAUAAGAUCUUGUUCUGUUUAUUUUGACAUCUUUUUACAAAUGUGUUGCAUUCAGGUGUAAAUAUCCCAAACCAUGAUCUUGUUCAGAGUUCUGAGAUUUCUAUUGUUUAAUGUAAUACUUUGUUUAAUAGUUGUAAUAAUUAUUUGUAUAGAUACAAACAUGAUAGUAUUUUAUUAAAAAAAAAGAAAAAUGCUCUUUGAA